GGCUGGGCGGCUGACUGUAGGAAAGCCUGUGCAAUACCGAACAAAAGGCAGGAACGGAACACUUGUUGAAUUGCGGGUUUGGCAUCCAGAGAUGGGAAUAGAGCAUCCCAGAUGCGGUUAUUCCUUGCAGUAGCAGGAAUAGAACAAGAGCAGACCCUUUUGUCAAAGCAGAGGGAGUUGAAGGCCCCCCCCCCUCUUACGAGCCGUUUGAAGGUUAAAAAAGACAACGACGUAUUUUUGCAUCCCUGUUCUGAAUGCACGUACUUGGAUGGAUGAGAACAUGAUGAGAGGUCCAAAGAGUAUGGCUUGCCUCCCCAGGAUGAGACCCACUAUGUUCUUCUCAGGCCUGUUCUCCUCAGGGGUAUGUAAGCACAAAGUUAGUUGUGCUUUUGCCUUAGUUCCAAACUGAACAAACAAGAUGCCAGAACAAAGUAAUGACUAUAGAGUGGUUGUGUUUGGCGCAGCAGGUGUUGGUAAAAGUUCUUUGGUUCUUCGUUUUGUAAGGGGAACUUUCAGGGAAGCAUACAUCCCAACUGUUGAAGACACUUACCGCCAGGUGAUCAGUUGUGACAAAAAUAUCUGCACCCUUCAGAUCACAGACACCACUGGAAGCCACCAGUUCCCCGCCAUGCAAAGACUCUCAAUUUCCAAAGGUCAUGCAUUCAUGUUGGUGUACUCUGUUACCAGCCGGCAGUCAGUAGAAGAGCUGGAGCAGAUCUAUGAGCAGAUCUGUCAAAUCAAAGGAGACAUCCAGAAGGUCCCUAUCAUGUUGGUCGGAAACAAAAGUGAUGAUACCCAGAGAGAGGUGGAUACCAAUGAAGGUGAAGUCCUCGCCAGCAAGUGGAAGUGUUCCUUUAUGGAGACAUCAGCAAAAAUGAACUACAAUGUGCAGGAGCUUUUCCAAGAGCUUCUGAAUUUAGAAAAGAGCAGAAGUGUAAGUCUUCAGGUAGAUGGUAAGAAAUCCAAACAGCAGCGCAAGAAAGAUAAACUGAAAGGGAAAUGCUCAGUCAUGUGAACUGGUGAGGUCUGAGCCUUCCAGGACAUAAAACAGAAACAUAGACAUAAACUUGCAGAACAUUCUCAUAUGCACUUGAAAAUAGCUGGGUAUUGGAGACCUUCAGAGAAGACUGGCACUUGAAUACUUAGUGAAAGUUUUGCAUGUUUCUGUUCAACUAAGGAGAUUUCUUAGGAAGCAAACAGCGCCACUGUCAUCAAACCCCCUCCAUACAGCAACAAUUUUGGCUAUUAUACAGUGGGAUAAACAGUUAUAGUUUAGUGUAUGAUAAAGAGCAACGGAAGCCAUCUUAUGUCUGCAUGCAGUAAUGCUUCUAAAAUAUCUCUAACAUGACACAGAGCCUGUUAUGCAAAUGCAUAAAGGAACAAAUGAUUCUAAGCUUGUAUUGUACUAGGGCUAUAGUCAGGAAGCCCAACACAGUAUUUUUGCUUGCAUUUUGUAUAGAUGUCAAAACAGAAACAAGCCUUCAGACAUACAAAAAGGGCAAAUGUAAUCACUGACUACUAUGUGAAGAGUUCAGAUCAUUUGCCAGUUUGUUGAAUGUAUCAUCAAGAAGAGAAGAAAAAACUGCAGUCCUUUCCAAAUACAUGCAACUUACUUCAUGUUCAAUGUUAAAAUGCCAUGUGUGGUAUACUGGCAAUGAUUUUAUGUGAAUGAUUAAAGUGAAUGGAAUACUACUGAUUCCUCACCUUUAAAACAGAAAAAAAAUCCCAAGUUGUUUUUCCUCUUGCUGUUUUUGCACCUUUAAGUUGGGUGGUAAGUGAGCCUGGUAUUUCAGUAUGUGAGGUCAUUCUGUAGUAUGAAUGGGAAUAAUUCAGUAAACGAUAAUUAAUCCAGA